UUGGUGCCUUGAACAAAAUUUUAAUCUUAAGUUGCCUUGAAUAUUAAAAGAUGGCGUGAACAGGAGAUAAAUAACAUGCAGGACCAAGCCCAUGCAUCUGAGGUCUAUUUAUUCCAGCUUUCCUAUAUAGUGGGCGGGGUUUUAAUGAUUGCCAACACUGCAGCCAUUAUGCACACGUCGGUGUCCAAACUUAUUCGAGGACGAUCAUCUAAAAACAGUCGAUACACAAGAGCUGUAUUUUGUAACGGACCAAAUAAAUUAAAGCCUGAUUACUGUGAUCCUGAAAGUCGAGAAAAAUCUGAGAAUCUUCUCAGCCAAGAAUACUUAUCACCUCAAUAUGCGAACCAUCUUUCUUAUGAACAUAAUGAGAACUCAGAGGAAAGGCAAGAUGCUGAGCAAAAUGUGGAACCAACUCCUAUUCGGCUUACAUACUUGCUAUUUAUUUGCUGCACCUUUGAAACCUUAUGCAUAAUAUCGAGCACCAUAGUAACAGGUGCACGAUAUGUUAGUGUGAACACUUCUCAAUGUAACAGCACCUCAAACUUCCUACACUUCUCCGCAUACACACAGCUGGCUGACUUGAAAAGUUUUUACAUCGUCCCAUUUCUAUCCACGCUGGCGGUGUGCGCACUUUCAGCUUUCCCUGUUUUGUUCUUGUCAACCAAACGUUAUUUUGAAGGCUGGUUUGGAAGGAUUGAAUGCUCACUUGUCGUUCUUACUUUUGUUUUAAUAUCAAGGUGUAUUGGGUUUGUCUUUUUUCCUCACAACUUCAUACAAGGAUGUCGGUAUAAUCUUUUUAUUCAAAGAAUUGUUUUGCCUUGGUUUGUUUAUCUAUCCAUGUUGUUGGGUGUGAGGUUAACUAAGGGUGGAUCAUCAAACCAAAUAUGCAAUGAAUCUCAGCAUUAUCUUUCAAAUUUCUCCCAUGAUCACAUUCCAGAAAGACAUGUUUCACAAAGCAUUAGUCAUAGCAACAACUGUAGUAAGGAAACGUUUAAUAAAACCAAGAGAACUCCCAGUACCCGAGUAUUGAGUGACGCAGCCCAUAGAUUGGACGCCUUCAUGCCUUGCGUUGUGUUGAUGAAAAAACAGGCUUCGAUUUCGCAUAAGCAGUGUCUUAGUAUAGGAAUGCAUCCUAAUCCUCGUAAAACCAAGCGUCGAGCAUCACUAGAUGUCAUCAAAGAGCAUAAUGUGCUUACUGAGGGCCUCCGGUGGCGAGACGUUAUGAACCGGCGACGAACCUCUCUGCCUGCCAUCCUAGCUAGUUCAAAGCGAAAAGCUGUGAUGUCAUCCACAUUAGUCGAUACAUCAACUUUGGUUGAAAUUCAAUCAACAUUAGAGAAGUUGGGAAAAUCCCCCGCUCUUGUUGAAUCUCUGGUGGAAGAUCUACAGAACUUGUUGAAGCCUUAUAAGACGGACCACGUCCGGCCCCGACAAGUGGUUUGGUUACACGAUAGUGGGACUGAUGGUUCAGAUGAUGAUGUUGUUUCAACGCCUCGACAUUCUGCAGGGAAGAGGUCAGCCUCGCGUAGAAAUGAAUGGAAUCCAUCCAAGGAUAUCUUCUCCACCACCACCACUGCAACCGGGUUACCAACAGAAGAACCAGCUCCUGCUAAACCAAAGAGACUUCCAAAGAUAUCAAAAGAAAAAUCACCCUUAGUAUCUCCCCUUGAUUCCCGUUGCAGUAGCCCUGUGAUUGACAGCUCGAUAAGAGCCAACCUUGGUAGAAGGAAGACCUACCCAAGUUUACCAAGUAGUGGUUCGCAAGUAUACUUCCCAUCCUCCCAUAACCUGUUGUCAGUUCAUAAGAAAUUCCCCACGGUAUCGUCGGACUACGAGAGUUGCGACAACGAUGACGUGACUUCCCCCAUCGCGAGGUCAAAGUCAGUGAACGAGAAGGAUUCUGAUCCCUUGGAUCUUCAUCACCUCCAACAUCAUCUGCAUCACGAUGAGGAGGAUAAUGAGUUCCUAACCUCUACCUCACAACUUGAUGAUGACAUCACAAUCAUGGAGGAGGUUGUCACUUGUCGUGGCAACCAGUGGAGUGACGACGAGUUGACGGACGAUGGUUACAACUUCUUCCUACACUACCAGCAGAAGCUGCUUGAAUCUGUGUAUAAAUGGAACUUCCCAAUCUUUACACUCGCCCAACAAACCGACUGUGUUUUAAGCCAGAUGGCGUUUAAAUUGUUUCAAGACACAGGUCUGUUUGAAACUUUUAAAAUUCCCAAGCAAGAAUUUGUGCAAUAUAUGAGAGCAUUAGAGGAAGGAUAUAGGAACAUUCCAUACCACAAUCGCAUCCACGCAGCAGAUGUAUUACACGGGUGUUGGUAUCUUUCAACGCAAGCGAUUCCUGGCUUCCAUGAGUCAUCAGCUUUGUUCAGCUCAGAUUCUUCAGACUCAGAUAGUGGGACCGGGACCUCACACAACCACUGUCAAGUUAACAACAUUGGGCACGGGUCAUUGGCCCAAGCUAUACCUGCGUUGGAACUUAUGUCACUUUAUCUGGCUGCAGCCAUGCAUGAUUACGACCAUCCUGGUAGAACCAAUGCAUUCUUAGUGGAGACAAGACACCCAUUAGCAAUAUUAUACAACGAUCGUUCAGUGCUUGAGAACCACCAUGCCUCCUCAUCAUGGGGAUUGUUAUAUUCAGAUCCUCGGUUUAAUUUCUUAAAGAACCUCGACACUGCUGAAUGGAAGAGACUUCGGUUCCUCGUGGUUGAAGCCAUCCUAGCUACUGACCUCAAGAAACACGGGGAAAUAUUAUCACAGUUCAGCGUCAAGUCGCAGAAUGGUUUGAAUUGGUCAGCAGAUGCCGACAGGUUGCUUGUGUGCCAGAUGGUUAUCAAGCUUGCUGACAUUGGUGGGCCAGCUAAAGAGAGAAAUCUUCAUAUUACAUGGACCAAGGCAAUUUGUGAGGAGUUCUUUAUCCAGGGCGAUGAGGAGCGUGAACUCGGCGUCCCAGUUUCCCCGUUCAUGGACCGUGAGCGGCCACAAGUUGCUGAGUUACAACGAACGUUUAUUAACAACCUGAUAAAACCGAUCGUUCAAUCAAUGUAUAAAACGGGGAUUCUUGCCGGUAAAGCAGAAGAUAAUGAAGCAGAUGAAUCUCCCAUGGAAGAUCAAAGCCAAUGUCUUCUCCUUGAACAACUUAAAGAUAAUCUCAACUUCUGGGAAGUGAAGACCCCAACAUCAGGUCACGAGGAAAUGAAUGAAGCGUUUAAACUUGCGUUGCAUGUUGACUUAUCAAUGAGAAACAGCCGGACCAAUCUGAACAUUCCAAACCACACUGAACCUAUUGAUGAUGUCAUAAUAACGAACAAAACGGACAAUGAUGUCAACAAUAAACAACAAUGUAACGACUGUGUUACAACAAACAACACCACGAUAAGAAACUCUCCUUCAAAACUUGGAACGAUACCUAAACUUCAACCGCCCAAGAUUGUUAUCAACCACAAGGUGUCCUCGCACACAAGCUGACACUGCCCACUUGCCAAUGAUGUCACGAUGGUAUCAUAAUGGUGUCACAAUAAUGUUAUAAUGAUGUCACCACCAUGCAAUUAGCGGAGACAGUUACCUAGGCGAUAGUCACAAACACACACACACACACACACAGCUACACUCGUUUUAAACAGGAUAUAUAUUGCCACACAAAUACGCUCGUUAUACUUUUGCACUCGACAACUGGAUCCAUUAUCUGUUACUUUUCUCAUGUCAGGUUUUUUUUAAUUUUCCUAUUUGUUUUAUUUAUAUAUGAAAGAAUGGUCAUUGUUUUGUUUGUAUCAUACUUGUCAUCUUUUAUUAUCUCUGGUAUAUUUGUAAAUAGAAAUCGCUCGAAAUCUUCAAAGAGAAACAGUUGUGUGAUGUCAUGGGGGACUUACCCUAAACCAUGAAUUUCGAUAACAAAAAUAAAGUAACUUUGUUCCUUUGUGA